CCCAUAAAUGCCCUUCACCGUCCCCUCAUCUCCAUCUUCAUCUGAUUCACGUCCUUCCCACCUUCUCUUCGCUUUCACUUCUGUUUCCUCGAACCGCUGACCAGUAAUCUUUGAUGGGGUACUUCUCCUGCAGAGCUGAAUCUGCCGUUUCAACCUCCAAUUCUGUAUCCCCAUCUUCCUCUUCUAAACCCUCCUCUGCUCAAAAACCUGAGAAGCCCAUCAAGAUCCAACAGUUUGAUUACAGUGACCUCGAGGCCGCCACUAAUGGCUUCUCCGACCGAAAGCUCCUAGGCAAAGGUAGCCAUGGCUAUGUCUACAAAGCCGUUCUUCGAGGCCGUCCUGUCGCCGUCAAGAGGCCUUCGAGAGCUUACGGUGCUGUUCUUCGACGACCCAGUUCGUUCUCUUCUUCGUCGGCGCCGGAGAUUACGAACGAGGUGGACAACGAGAUCGACAUCUUGUCGAAAAUUCAGAGCCCGAGAUUGGUCAAUUUGGUGGGUUUCUCGAACGAUUCGAAAGAUAGACUUCUGGUUGUGGAGUUUAUGAGCAAUGGAACCCUCUACGAUGUUCUUCAUUCUUCUGCACGACCACCCAAUUGGGGUCGGAGAAUUCGAUUGGCUCUGCAAACUGCUAAGGCCAUCGAUACCCUCCAUUCCUCAACCCCACCUGUAAUUCACCGAGACAUCAAAUCUGCAAAUGUUCUAAUAGAUCGCAACUUCAAUGCUCGAUUGGGAGAUUUUGGAUUAGCCCUGCGAGGCCAUGAAGAUGAUUAUAGACUCAGGUCUACUCCUCCAGCAGGUACUAUGGGGUAUCUUGAUCCUUGUUAUGUGACCCCAGAUAACUUGAGUACAAAAACUGAUGUGUUUAGUUUUGGGAUUUUGCUGUUAGAGAUAAUUAGUGGUAGAAAAGCCAUUGAUAUUACAUACUCACCACCUUCCAUUGUGGAUUGGGCCAUUCCUCUCAUAAAGAAAGGAAAGUUAUUGGCUGUUUAUGAUCCAAGGAUAUCACCUCCUAAGGAUCCAGUUGUUAGGAAGCAAUUGGCUGUGAUUGCUGCAAAAUGUGUAAGGUCUUGCAGAGAAAGAAGGCCUUCAAUGAAGGAAAUAGUUGCUUGGCUUACUGGAUUGUGUAAACUGGUACCUCUUCAUUCUUGGAAUGGUUUUAACAAUCCCUGUAUGAUGAUUGAGACUGUGGGACGUCCAAUUGAAGCCAGAAGUGCCCAUAUGACUCCAAGACAAGACGGAGGUUUAGAAGGUGGAAAUUUUGAAGCUUUAGAUGCUAGAUUAUCUAAAUCUGCAAAUAGAUAUUCAAGGAGAGUGUAUUCUGAUCUGGGGUUCAGAAGCAACUUGAUGGAACUUAUGACUAACCCUGAGGAACCAGAUAAGUCUGGUUAUAGAGUUUCCAGCUCAAGGUUUGGUAGUGGAAGAUAUUUCACAAGAGGCAUAAAUCUCUACAGAGCUUGUGGUACAGAUAAAGAUGCUUUUGGUUUGAGUGAAGGCCAGAUUGUUGGUGAUGGGAGCUCAAAUUUGUGUCCAAAACAAGAAGGUAAUUCUGGAUCAGAUUUGAAUUCUCAGACAGCUGAAGCUAAUUCCUAGUUGAUUGCGGAAAGAUCUGGUUGAUUUUUUUGGAGUGUUGCUUAGAGUUGUUAGCUUUCCUUGCUUGCACAUAACAGCCAUAUGCAGAUUUGUUGGUAUGGAAGCUUAUUGUUUUGUGGGUUUCAGAAAUGACCUAUUCAUUGUUCAUUUGGUAUGUUUUGGGAUUGAAGGGCACAUUGCUGAUGUCCCCUUAAGCUGUUCUAUAAACCUUGUUAGGUGUUUUUGUUUCUUUUUUCUCUUUUUGUUUUUGGUUUCUUUUUUCUUUGAAUCAUCAAAAAAAAACAGAACAAAAGGACGUGUUUGAGAACAAGUGCUGCAGAACUGUAAAAAUUCAUAUUUCUGCUUGUUUAUGGAAUCUCUUGUUUGUAGCCCAAAAUUCAAAUAAAAUUUCAGUAAAGGGAUUUAUGUGCUCUUACUCGAA